AACAACCUUGCUUCAUUGGCAGCCUUCAUCUUCUUUCCGAAGGCGCACUGUCUAUCCAGAAACCUUCUCUUUUCCGGACACUGAUCCUGACAUUUUCACAGCAUGCUCUCUUGGAACUGCAGCGCACCCUCGCCAUAUCAGAGAUCCUUCUUCUGAUGAUUUUUCUGAGAUAAUGGUGCUUCAAGGAAGCAUACUAAUGGGAGGACGGCGUGACCUUUUCCGAGACUGGAGACUAGAUGUUGAUAACAUGUCAUAUGAGCAAUUGCUUGAGCUUGGCGAGAGAAUUGGUAAUGUCAAUACAGGACUUAAAGAAGAUGAGAUGGAACCUUACAUAACGAAGACUAAGCUUCAGAUUUCGGAUCAAGUAGACAAAAAGUGCAGCAUUUGUCAGGAAGAGUAUGAAGAAGAUGAUAAACUUGGGAGGCUUAACUGUGAUCACUUGUAUCACUUUCAAUGUAUACAACAAUGGGUUGCACACAAAAAUUGCUGCCCUGUGUGUAAGCACCAGGUUGCAGCACGACGCUGAGUGAAAAAAUUCUGAUGUUAAUUUUAGACACUUCAUUCUCAUCCUACAAUAGGUGUAUAAUUUUUUUAUCAUAUUCCACUUGUGUAAGAAUUAUCAUUUUUUUUAUCAUAUUCCACUUGUGUAAGAAUUACCAUUUUUUGGUGUCAAUCAUCAUUUCAUGUUCAAAACUUACGCCUCCUUGUUGAGGUGUGGACAAUGUUAUUGGGAGAAAGUUUCUUAUCAAUGGAUUAA